UUGACCGACCAAGCGAUCCCUGCCAGAAUGCACGUCUGGCUUUGUAUAUUUAUGGCAUUUUUGCCUGCAUUAGUUGCAACGGAACAACCUGACCAAUUUUGCGACGUCGGGCGAUGCACUGCAGAUACCACAACAAAGAGCGAAGAGCUGUUGUGCAUGGAUGAACAGUUUCCUAUUGAAGACAGUGGGGAGGAAGAGGUGGAGGCUGCAAUGCAGUGUCUCCCACUUUUAAGGCACAAGUUGGCAACGUGUUCGGAGCGUGUGCAACAGCUGGAGCAAGUUACAGUGGAACUGCAGCAGUCGUUAAGUCGCCUCCAAGGACUUCUCGGCGUUGAUGAUACACAACGUUCUCCGGGUUCCACACUGACCACACCGAUAGCGGCACUGUCCGAGAUGAGCCAGUCUGAAGAAGAUACGAAAGAGGAAAAAGAAACCUUUUUGACGAAGCUGGAAUACGGGCUGCGUUUAUCUUCUUAUAUCAUGGGCCUGGGAAUUGGCAUAUUCUGGGUAGGGAUUAUUCUGUAUGUUGGGAUUUGGUGCUGGAUGAAUCCACAGGCUGCUCGAUUGCUUUUUGGUGGGAUGUGGGAAAGCAUGCGUGAGCGUACACGGGCUGCUUAAUGCUCCCUGGCGCUGUAGCGUGCGCUCGACAAAUUCCUACGAAGGAAAUGCCGUCUCAGGACUUGGAGUUCAUGGGCGUGCGCGGGCUUAUCGCAUUCUGCUUAUCCACGAUUACCUAAGACUUUGAUAUUCAUCGACGAUUUGCUGUCUUUGAAUUUAUUUUCUUUGAGUUUGUGGAGUUUUGUCUAGGUAUAACUUAAUUUCUUCCUUGGCUAUGCACUUCAUCUGGGCCUCGACAAUCGGGGUCAUCAGAAAACU